AUGAAGUUCUCAGCUGUCUUCCUGGCCGUGUUUGCCCUGGGCAUUACCACCCAUGCCGCCAUUGAUGACAAUGGCACCGACGACGCACGUUCUUGUCUGCGUAAAAGAGCACCAGAGCAAUUCGAGUGUGUUGGAGGAAACUAUAUAUCAGUGUGGAAGAACGGUGCAUGGACUUGCUGCGAGCUCGAAUACUAG